UCCUCUCUGUCACUCUCCUGGCCGCCCCCUCACUCUCCUUCCUCCCCCCUCCUCUCCAUCCUGCCUCUCCCUGCAUCUCUCCCUCUCGCCAGUGUCUCCUCUCCUUUCCUCCAUCUCCUGUCACGCAUCUCUCAUCACUCCCCCUCAUUCUGCCUUUCCUCCCACUCACCGGCUCCUCUCUCCCUCUCCUCUCCCUCCCCCUCUCCCUUUCUCCACCUCCUCCCGACCCCCUUUCCCCUCUAUUUCUAUUGGCUUCUGCGUCCCUUGUUCCCCCUUCUCUUCUUCACCCUGGGAAGCUUCUCCCCUCUAUCCGUGCCCCUGCCCCCCCAGGAUGUGUCCUGGAGAUGGGGGGUGACGUACCAGGCACUGGUUGGGAAGUCAGGGCCGGAGACCAGAUGGGAGAGGCUCUGUGGACAGCUGUGGCGGAGGGCCUGGGAGGGGACCCGAGCCCACAGGCAGACUAGAAGUGGGUGCCGUGUGGGGACCCCAGUUAGGAGUGCCCUGGGGCACCUGGGGACUGGGCAGGGAGAGGGGACAGCAGAAUGAUAACCAGCCUGGCGGCAAGGAGGGAAGCCCUCACCCCAUGGGCAGGCAAAUAGCUGACUGCUGAGCACCCCCUCGGCCAUGGACACGCUUCAUCCAUCAUCGGUGUCUACGACCUCAGAAUCCGAGAAUGCCUCCUCAGCCUGGCCCCCGGAUGCCACCCUGGGCAACCUGUCGGCAGGUCCAAGCUCGGCAGGGCUGGCUGUCAGUGGCGUUCUCAUCCCGCUGGUCUACCUGGUGGUGUGCGUGGUGGGCCUGCUGGGAAACUCGCUGGUCAUCUAUGUGGUCCUGCGACACACGGCCAGCCCCUCGGUCACCAACGUCUACAUCCUCAACCUGGCACUGGCCGACGAGCUCUUCAUGCUGGGACUGCCCUUCCUGGCUGCCCAGAAUGCCCUGUCCUACUGGCCCUUCGGCUCCCUCAUGUGCCGCCUGGUCAUGGCGGUGGACGGCAUCAACCAGUUCACCAGCAUCUUCUGCCUGACAGUCAUGAGUGUGGAUCGCUACCUGGCCGUGGUGCAUCCCACGCGCUCGGCCCGCUGGCGCACGGCUCCGGUGGCCCGCACAGUUAGCGCGGCCGUGUGGGUGGCCUCGGCCGUGGUGGUAUUGCCCGUGGUGGUCUUCUCGGGAGUGCCCCGUGGUAUGAGCACCUGCCACAUGCAGUGGCCCGAGCCGGCGGCGGCCUGGCGAGCCGGCUUCAUCAUCUACACGGCCGCGCUGGGCUUCUUCGGGCCACUGCUGGUCAUUUGCCUCUGCUACCUGCUCAUCGUGGUGAAGGUGCGCUCCGCCGGGCGCCGGGUGUGGGUGCCCUCGUGCCAGCGGCGGCGACGCUCCGAGCGCAGAGUCACGCGCAUGGUGGUGGCUGUGGUGGCGCUCUUCGUGCUCUGCUGGAUGCCCUUCUACGUGCUCAACAUCGUCAACGUGGUGUGCCCGCUGCCUGAGGAGCCCGCCUUCUUCGGGCUCUACUUCCUGGUGGUGGCGCUGCCCUAUGCCAACAGUUGUGCCAAUCCCAUCCUUUAUGGCUUCCUCUCCUACCGCUUCAAGCAGGGCUUCCGAAGGGUCCUGCUGCGACCCUCCCGCCGCGUGCGCAACCAGGAGCCCACUGCCGGCCCCCCGGAGAAGACUGAGGAGGAAGAUGAGGAGGAGGAGGAUGGGGAGGGGAGCAGGGAGCGGGGGAAGGGGAAGGAGAUGAACGGCCGGGUCAGCCAGAUCACACAGCCUGGCACUAGUGGGCAGGAGCGGCCGCCCAGCAGAGCGGCCAGCAAGGAGCAGCAGUUCCUUCCCCAAGAGCCCUCCACUGGGGAGAAAUCCAGCACACGGCACACCAGCUAUCUGUAGGGGCCUGGGGAGAGCCAGGGUGGCCCGAGGAAGGGGCAGAAGCUGUGGGUGUGCUUGGGGCAUACUUCUCAAGGUGCCAGAGGCCCACGACGGGAUGUUGAGGGGCCUGGGCUUUCUGUGUGACCUUGGGUAGGUUUCUUCCACUCUCUGGGCCUCGUUUUCUGCUCUGACUCAGGGAUAGGAGUCAGCCUGGAUGAGCUAUGUCAGAUGCGAGGUCUGUAGGGCACUGCUGCUGGGCUGACCUUGCUGAGUGGCACCCAGAUGAAGAGGUGGGUGCAGACUGGCCUCCCCCCACAGGGAUACAGUGUCUUGGGGGAUCAGCCUGAAUCUUGGCCCUCAGAGGGAUGAACGAAGGC